AUCAAAACACCCUCAUCUUCAACUGCUAGUUAAUACGCAGCAAAUGGAGGGCAUGAAGAGUUGGCAAACUGAAGCAUUUGAGAAGCUUGGUCCAUGCAAGGACUUCCCCAUCACUCACUACUUUGAUUCUCAUGCUCAGUUGUUUGCUCAAGUCUCAGCAAAGGCAGCAAACAAAGAUCACCAUGGAAAGGCUAGAAAUGGUGAUCAUAAAGAAGGAAGUGAGAAGCAAAAUCAAGUGAAGGACAUGAUAUCAGAGAAGAAGAAGGAACCAAGUACACAUCUUAAGGCUCCCAAGGCUGUGGAUGAGGACUUGUAUAAGAUUCCCCCAGAGCUCCUACACAAAAAUGUCCAAGCAUAAGAGGCUGCAAAUAAGGAGUUGGGUGGAAUGUCUGGGAAUGAGUUGCAUGCCCUGUUGUCCUUGAGCUUGAACUGAGAGUCUGUGAUCACUGAACAAGCAUCUAGAUUAAUUUUCUAUUGUUGAUUUGUCUCUUUAAUUUAAUGUUGGAUUGGACAAAUAUAUACAGCAUGGUAAGGCUGCCUUAUCAGUUGAAAAUGGAAGCAACCAGCUUGACUUAG